AUGGCAUCCCGGUACCUUCGUGCGCUGGCUUUGCUGUCGUUGGCAGCAGCCCAGGAGCCCAACAUCACCCGCUGCACGAGCGGAGCUGCCAACAUCACCACAGGAAAGGCCUUCCAUGUCCAGGUGUGCAACCUCUUCGGCGCAACAUGCUACAUCAACCAUCCUUACAUCCAAGAUUGCGCCACCGAGUCGCUUGAAAUCCUCAGCGGGGAGUGCAAGCUGUACCCCAUCUUUGAGUACGUUGACAAGUGGGUGCGGUCCGGGGCAAGCGCAGUUGAGGAGCUUUCCACUCAGAAUGACUUGGGCUGCACCGAGUUUAUCUCGGACGGCAAGGCCCAGCUCUCGGGCGCUUGCGCUGCCGUGCAGUGCUCUUUGGGUGGUGGUGCCUGGGCUGGGCCAGGCAUGACGGGCAACAGCCCCCCGACUCGGGAGACAGGAGUGACAAACACGGCUACAGCGGCGUGGACCAACUUCUCGAUUGUGGAGAUCAGCGACGAUGCGAAACAGCUCAAGAACGUGUUCCUCUACCGCACCGGGGACUACGUGGCCACGACGCGGCGCACCUACACGUGGAGCACUGGUGGCGUCACGCUGAGCACUGGCAAGCUGCCGACAUCCAACGGAAACAACUAUGGAGCCUUGGCAUGUCUACUGCGACCUGUAGCCUGCCCAGCCCAAAACACGCUGCUCAGCGACGCCAGCAUCUCUGCUUCAGACUUGAAGAUGUGCGGUGCUACCGGCAAGUGGGUGUACUACAACGCCGUCAACUUGCUGAACGACGCAAGCCUCUAUGCAACCUACAGUGGGGACACCGGCACCACGACGAGCAAGAACAUGGCGGCUGUUCCUUUCCUGGACGGCAGGAGCGGCUUUCAGUCAGGUGAUCGCAUGGAUGACGCUCGGGCAGUGAUGCUUCACUCUGGCGACGCUGCGUCCUCGGCCGUGCUCCUCACGAGCGGGACCUUUACGCCGAAGGUCGAUUUCACGGGUGAGGUCGCAGGCACCUGGCGGAGCUACGGCGUGGUCUUCUACUGCGACGACUAUGCUCGAACGGACCUGACCCAAUGUGCUGAGGCAAACCGCAAGAUGCUCUACGUCGCGGAUCCCAACCCGGAGGAGCAGUUUGGCACGUCUUCCAGCCUGAGCGGAUCAGGGACAGCAGGAGACGGCACGACGUCGGGUGGUCUUCGAGCUUUGGCAUCUUUGGCUAGCUUCGCCUGGAGCUUUCUUUGCUUCGGACUCCUUUCAAGCUGA